CAUUGUAUUGUGUGUCCCAAGCAGACGAGGGUAAACAAAUGUUAUGAUCUGUCUGUGUUCCGUGAGACCGUGACCCGUGUGAGCUAGAGCUACACAUUUGAAAAAUACUGGAAAAUGAACACAAAUUCAGAAAGCUUUGAACGUGAGAUGAAAACACUAUUUCUUACAGAUACUGUAAAGAAAUGUGGAUUGUGUAAUGAACAAAAAUCAAAGUACACUUGUCCAAAAUGUAGUGUUCUUUACUGUUCACUGACGUGUUACAGGUCUUAUGGACAUGCACAAUGUUCAGAGAAUUUCUUCAAGGAGCUUGUCCUUAAAGAGCUAGAAAAUCAAAAUCAAUCACAAUCUCUUCAGGAAAUGAAAGAAAAUAUGGAAUCUUUGUUAAGGAAAAACAGAGAGAUGCAUGAAAAUGAUCUUGAUUCAGAUGAUUCUGAACAUGACAACCAGGAAGAUUUAUUGGAUCGAAUGGAAAAUGUUGACUUGAAUGACUCAGAUAUAGUCUGGGACCGUCUAAAUGAGGAAGAAAAAACAGAUUUUAAAAAUAAAAUAUCCACUGGAGAAAUUAUUGAAUAUUUACCGAAUUGGGAUCCUUGGUGGAUAAAAACAACAAAAAACCUGAUAGAAGACCUUGACAUUCCACAAUCAUCAGAUAUUCCACCUAUCAAAAAUGGAAUUUCACUACUCUCUACAAUGAUGAAGAAAAAACCUAAUGAAGCAGUAGUCAAUGGAUUGGCGAAUAUUCUGUAUGGUUAUGCAUGCAUUUCCCGUCUGUUCAUGCAAGAUUGGACAGGCAACGUAAACUCCAUCAUAGAAAUUCUCUUGACAGUAUCUGAAAUUCUUUGUACCAAUUUGUUUUUUAAUUCAGCUCAAGAAGCUGUAGACCACGCAUACUCUUCGGCUUUUAAGCUGGAUGGGAUAUCACACGAAUUAAGCUUAUUAGUCAAAAAUGAUAUUGUGCAGAUUCUUAAGCAAAAAAAAUUCGUUCUAGCUUCCCUGUCUGAUAUUACUGAAUUACUUCGUAGUGGGAUCGAGACCAAUUUUGUUCCUAAAAAACGGUUGCUUCUUGCUAUGAAGAAGGUCGAAUUCUUUUUGAGUUUUGUCAACGAGUAUGGAGUUCACACAUUAAGAUUUCGUUGAAUAUUACUUUGAAAUAAAUUCAUGUACCCAUUGUA